CACAAUUCUAUUUAAUUAAUCGAUGAGGUUGAGAACAGGUUAUUGAGCAUUGAUUGAAAGUCUCCAAUAUCUCCUCCUUCCUCCCCGCAGCCACCGUAAACAAUGGACGCAGCGAGGAUAAAGUCGGCGACCACGCCGCAGGAGAUAAUCGAGCGUGACGAAGCCGGCAAUAUCAGAACGACGUAUAUCCUCUCCUCAAAUGGAGAAGGUCGAGAACGGCUCGACCUCUUGGUUCGUUCAAAUGUUUGACGAGGGAAAGUUCAUCGUGGAUGACAAUUCUAAAUAGCCCCCUCCACGAAGCAAAUCGGUCCCCGAGCAACUCCUGGACGUAUUCUUGCCGGCGGGAUAUCCCCAGAGCGUCACUGAGGAUUACAUAUAGUGUGUAACACGGGUGGAGUAUUUGCAGUUUGUCUCUCAGUCAGCCGGACGCUGACGCAGUAUGGGGAUUGGGUGGGUUAGUUAUCAAAUCUACGACUCGCUUCAAGCAUUCUCCAGCUCGAUUGCGGGCAUGUUUGCCUCCCGAGCAGUUCUCGAAGGCGUCGGUGUGGGUGAUGCGCAGGCCUCGCCGACUGCGGCUCUCCUGCUCUCAGUCAUCCAGGAGUCGGUAGGACGGAUCGCCACGAUCUUAUUCGCGCAUCGAGUAGGGACGGCGCUGGAGCCUGAAUGCAAGAUGUUCCGGCUCGCAGCCGACGUCUUCAACGACACGGCGAUGGUGCUGGACUGUUUGUCCCCGGCGUUUCCCAAGACGACGAGGGUUCUGAUGCUCAGCAUGGCGAGUGUGCUGCGGGCUUUGUGCGGAGUGGCGGCCGGGAGCUCAAAGGCGAGCUUGAGUGCGCACUUCGCGAAGCAAGGCAACCUGGCGGAACUAAAUGCUAAAGAUUCGAGUCAGGAGACUAUCAUAUCGCUCCUAGGGAUGCUCGCGGGCAGUUUCGUCAUCUCUCGAGUGACCUCGCAUUCCGCAGUGUGGACAUCACUACUGAUAUUGAUAUCCAUCCACCUCUGGACGAACUACAUGGCAGUACGAUCGGUAAUCCUGCGUACCUUGAACCGACAGAGGGCCAACAUCGUCCUUUCAAGCCUAAUUGGCUCCAGCAAUCUGCCAUCCCCGCAGGAAGCCUCGCACCUGGAGCGCAUAUUCGAGCGGCCAGGCCUCCUACGCUGGGUGGAUGGGCGCAUCCUAGGGCAUUGCAUGAUUGGCGUCGAGCUGAGCUCCAUUCUCCGUCAGCUUCCCGGGGCAGCGUCCAGGCCCAGCGGGAAAUCACGCAUAUAUCGGUACGAUCUGGCACCUCAAAAGAUUCUCGGCCUAUUCGAUAAAGAAUUUUAUGUGCUCUGGUUCGAUACAAGGACCCGGACGGCGUAUAUUGCUUUGAAAGAGGGGUGUCAACCAAGAGAUCAAGUACGCGCAUGGUGCCAUGCACUACUUGUUGCAAGGAAAUACGAUCUCAAGGGUCUUGAGGUGCCAGCGGACCAAAAGACCGACUACGAUGCUGUUCCACCUGCCCUGCAGCUCUUAGCAAAGACCGGUGACGAAUUGUCCCGGAAUUUCCAUGCCUACGAAGACAAGCUGCAGUCGGCCGGUUGGGAUACGACGACGAUCCAGUUGGAAACACGACCACGAAUUAGGAUUUCAUUGAGCGAAUGAAGGCCACUUCCUGCACGUACGCUGUAUAAUUAUGGAUUGUACGUUCGUCCAGAAACCUAAAUUGAGACCUAGAUGAACCAAGCUAGCGGGGGACGACAACAUAAGAGCGUCGAAAGCGCCAAUAGUCGGUUCAUGCAGUAUGAGAAAUCAUACAUGGCUGGCGCCGAAACUCGCAACGAGCGAGAACCUCGCAGCGCCGAAGUUCAGCCCGUUCAGCACGCGGGCAAAGCCUUCAACGAUAAUCAACACACACGAUGAGUGUCGGUGAUUCACCAACUGUCCCCGUACGCUACGACUUACGAGGGAGCAGAGCACCUGGCUGAUGAGACGGGCAACAUGAUAUCCCGAUUAGAACCUCCGAUUUCUCCGACAAUAGAUUCAGUGCAUCAAUUAAUGAGACAAUCAUCAUGCGCCACGAAAGUAGCCAGCGAUGCAUGG